AUGAGCUCACCAACCAAAACCCUUAAGCUUGGCAUCAUUGGCUGCGUCGAAAUCACCCAGGCCGUCUUCAUCUCGACCAUAGGCUGUCUCCGUGACUAUUAUCGCAUCACCUAUCUAUGCGAUAGCUCUCACGAUGCGUUGCAGCACUGUCGCGGGUUGGUAGCUGGGGCUAGUCCCUCUGUCACCCACGAUGCCCGAGAACUGAUUGCGUCCCCGGACGUGGACGCCGUCGUGGUGAUGAGCUCGUACGAGGACCACGUUGCGCACACAGUCAUGGCUCUGGAACACAACAAGUUUGUCAUUGUUGAAAAGCCACUGGCCAUGAGCCUGGAAGACGCCGACGCCAUCAUCGCCGCCGAGAGAAAGUCGUCAGCUAGGGUUUUUGUGGGUUAUAUUCGUAGAUAUGCCCCCGCGUUUCUCGAUGCGCUCAACGAGAUUGGCAGUAUGGACAAGAUUGACUACGUCCGUGUGCGAGACAUUAUCGGGCCCAACUGUAUCUUCAUCUCGCAGAGCGGCACAUUCCCCAAGACCUUCGCCGCUGACUCGGACCAAGAAGCCCAGGACCGCCUGGCCAGGCGCGACAAGAUCCUCGCUACUGCAAUAGUGAAGGAGUGCAACGUGCCCCUUACCGCACAGUCAAAAAGGGCAUGGGCUCUUCUCGGUGGUUUGGGCUGCCACGAUAUAUCUGCAAUGAGAGAAGUACUCGGAAUGCCUACUUCUGUGGUCGGCGUCUCCUUGAACUUCCCAUUCUGGAAGCACUAUCCCGACUUCGCCGUCAGUUACGAGUCUGGGCUCACCAACGUUCCGGAUUUUGACGCCCAUAUUGAAGUCUAUAGCGCCAACAAGAUUGUCAGAGUCAAGUACGACUCAGCUUAUAUCAAGGGCGCGCCGACCACCAUACGCGUCGUCGAGGGUGUUGGGGGCGCCCUCCGUGAGACAUUGGUUCGGCAGACUUAUGAGGACGAGUAUACGCUGGAGCUCAAAGAGUUUUAUGAGGCUGUCGUGCACGGGAAGCCCAUCAAGACCAGUGCACAGGACGCGAGGCUGGACCUUGAGAUAUUCGGGAUGAUAUUACAGUGGCAAAGAUAG